GCACUCGAUGGUACGGUCCAUGUCGAACCCGGAAGAAGCUUGACAACAUCUCAAACGCGCGCACCAUUUGAUUCAAAGAAAUUAAUGAAAAUAAGCUAUUCACGUGUAUUAAUCAGUGCUGUAUUCUGAAUCGGAAUAAACUCUCAUAACCAAAAGCUUCACCAGGACACACACAAUGCAGGAGGACUCGAGCCGCAGUCCCACCUACACGGUGCCGUGCGAGGACUACGUCCAUGUGGUUGAAUUCAGUCCUUUCAGCUCUGGGACCCCCGUCUCCCUCCUGGCCUACGGUGGAAACCAGUAUGUGGUAGUGGGCACCUGCCAGUUCCAAGAGGAGGAUAUGGACGUUGAGGGAGUUGAAUUUAAUGUUCUUCGAGCUUUUCAUCUUGAACUGCGCGUGGAUGCUCUCGCCUGGAGCCCCGAGUCCCGGCUGGACAGGAUACCCACUAUCAGAUUUUGCACCGCCGCGGCUGACAGAAAGCUACGCCUGCUGACUUCUGAUCUUCAGGAUAGGCAUGAAGUCAAGGUGAUGGAGGGCCACACCAGCUACAUUAACCAUUUGGUGUUCGAGCCCACAGAGGGGAAACAAAUUGCUUCCGUCAGUGAUGACCACACUUGCAGAGUGUGGGACCUGGAUGGAAAUGAAAACACGACUCUAAGACUUCGCUCUCCUGGCAUCAGCGUGUGCUGGCACCCAGAGGAAGCCUUCAAGUUAAUGGUGGCAGAGAAGAAGGGAACCAUUCGCUUCUACGACCUGGUGACCCAGCAGGCCAUCCUGUCGCUGGACUGCGGUCAGUCGCCGCUCAUGUCAGCCGACUGGUGCCUCACCAACACGAUCAAAGUCGGCGCUGUGGCGGGCAACAACUGGCUCAUCUGGGACAUAACUCGCUCCAGUUACCCUCAGGAAAAAAGACCAGCCCACAUAGAUAAAGCGCGGUUAUUCAAGUGGUCUCGAGCCAACGAAAACCUCUUUGCCACCACCGGAUGUCCUGGAAAGAUCUGUAGUCAGUUACUCAUCCACCAUCUUGGCCACCCGCAGCCGGUGAUGAUCGGGUCCGCCGCCGUGGGAUCCGGCCUGAGCUGGCACCGGACGCUCCCGCUCUGCGUGAUCGGCGGCGACAGGAAGAUUUGCUUUUGGAUGACCGAGAUGUAGACGCCUGUACAGCACUUUCAGCGAUGGUCCUGUGUGUUUUUCUUCUAGUAGAUGUUCAAUAAAAUAUUUUUCUGAGUA